ACACAUCGCAUUCGUAGAAUCGAACCCUUCAUUUAUAGUUAAUAAAAGGCUUCUUCAAGUCUCUGCAGCUCAGAAAGUAGUUAGUUAGGCCAUGGCUGCUAGUCCUCCUCCAUAUAACCCCGUGCCGGUUGCGUACCAGGGAGGUGCCGGCGCGGUGCCAGUAUGGUUGAACAAAGGGGACAACGCAUGGCAAAUGGUAGCAGCCACACUCGUCGGCCUCCAAAGCGUGCCGGGUCUUGUUAUCCUGUACGGAAGCAUAGUAAAAAAGAAAUGGGCAGUGAACUCAGCUUUCAUGGCUCUCUACGCUUUUGCGGCGGUCGUAAUCUGCUGGGUGUCGUGGGCUUACAAGAUGUCGUUUGGGGACAAGCUCCUACCCUUCUGGGGCAAAGCUGGCCCUGCCUUGGGCCAGAAGUUCCUCAUCAACCAGGCAGCUCUGCCUGCGAGCACGCACUACUUCAGCGACCACAAGACUGUGGAGACUGCUGAGAUCACACCCUGGUACCCGAUGGCGACCAUGGUGUGGUUUCAGUGCGUGUUUGCAGCCAUUACGCUGAUACUGCUGGCGGGGUCGGUGCUUGGGAGGAUGAACUUCAAGGCGUGGAUGAUGUUCGUGCCGCUUUGGCUUACAUUUUCAUACACUGUCGGAGCGUUCAGCUUGUGGGGUGGAGGGUUCUUGUUCCAUUGGGGUGUCAUGGACUAUUCCGGUGGUUAUGUCAUUCAUCUUUCUUCCGGGAUUGCUGGCUUCACCACUGCUUACUGGGUAGGACCAAGGGUGAAGAAGGACAGGGAGAGAUUUCCACCAAACAACGUACUUCUGGUGUUAGCAGGAGCUGGGUUGCUGUGGAUGGGAUGGGCAGGUUUCAACGGGGGAGAUCCGUACGCGGCAAACACGGACUCAUCCAUGGCCGUCCUCAACACCAACAUCUGCGCCGCCACGAGCUUCUUGGUUUGGACUUGGCUCGAUGUCAUCUUCUUUGAGAAGCCUUCCGUCAUUGGAGCUGUCCAAGGAAUGAUCACUGGCCUCGUCUGCAUUACUCCUGCUGCAGGUCUUGUUCAAGGAUGGGCCGCUAUAGUGAUGGGAGUUAUGUCAGGCAGUGUGCCAUGGUUCACCAUGAUGAUAGUGGACAAGAGGUGGAAACUGCUAUCCGCAGUUGACGACACCCUUGGUGUAGUUCACACCCACGCCGUGGCCGGGUUUCUUGGCGGCAUUUUAACGGGGCUUUUCGCUGAGCCUGAACUAUGUGCACUCUUUUUGCCCGUCACAAACUCGCGCGGAGGCGUGUACGGAGGCUCAGGAGGAAUGCAAAUCCUCAAACAAAUUGUGGGAGCCCUAUUUGUCAUUGGAUGGAAUAUUGUGGUCACCUCCAUUAUUUGCCUAGUCUUACGGUGUAUAGUUCAGUUGUGCAUGCCGGAGGAACAGUUGCUGAUUGGGGAUGACGCAGUGCAUGGAGAAGAGGCAUAUGCAUUGUGGGGUGAUGGGGAGAAGUAUGAUGUUACUAGGCAUGAGCUUUGCUCCGAUGAUAUGUCACACGCUCAAAAAUAUCCACCCAGUGGUGCCACUCAGGUGGUCUAA